AUGCUAAAAUUGCUUCAAUUUGUACCCAAGUCAUGUAGCUGUUUUUCCAGCAGAGGUUUGUUCGUGGGUGCAAUUAAUGGCGGUUAUUUGCGUCACGCGUAUCGGGCGGAUGAUGCAAAUAAGGACGAUUUGCAGUUAGUUGAGGAUUCAAUAUCGUCGGCAACGGCGCUUUGGAAGAAAGAAGAGAUCUUGGCGCGACUAAAGAAAUUGUUGAACUGUAGCCAUGAGCAGACGGAAAUGUUGUAUAAAGCCAAUAAGAAAGCGUUACGAGUAUUCGCACCAAAGUUACUUACUGAUAACAUAGAGCUGUUACGGGUGAAUAGCAUGGAGGAUAAAUUUAUCUAUGAUAAUCCACGAGUGCUUUCUAUACCUACAGAGGAUCUCUUCACCAAAUUGAAACUACUGCGCGAGCUUCCGGCCGUCGAUGAUUUUAAAAUGCUUGCCCCGUUUUUGAAGGCAUCAGUAAAAUCCAUUCAACGCAUGGUGGAAAUAGCAAAUCAGGAAACGAUCGCAGGUGGAAACCGUAUUAAUUACAUCAGCGCAAGGACAGGGACCGACGUUGAUGUUGUGAUUAAAUUCUUUUCCACAAACAUCCGCGUGUAUCGCAUCACGCUGGAUAAAUUCAUUUCGAAUUUAGACAUCUGUUUAGCACACCUCAAACCGUUGGAUGUUGUGCGGCAUCUUUCGGUGCUGGCCUACGCACCGGCUUCGAUACGACAGCGAUUAAAAGCGUUGGAAAAUUCUCCUCUAGAAAACAUUAAACCAUGGAUGGUGCGUGUACCGGACAUUGCGCUUGGUAAGUCGUUCGAAGCCGUCAUCGAAAAAGGAAAGCAACCCGUAUUUAAAGAUGAUGUAACCGGUGUUUGGUUCGAAACGUACGUGCUGAAACGGAUAGAGUCAUUAUUGGGUUGCUCAGAAGAAACCAGCCGUGGUAUCUACGACAAAUGCAAGGGAUCGGUGUAUCUCGUUGAUAAUAUCGAGUUUCUCCUCGCUAAAAAUGUGUCUCCUGCUAUGAUUGUAAAACAGUCGUUGGUUCUUAUGACAAAGAGAGAAGACCUACAGCAAAAGAUAACCGCUCUAGAAAAUCUUCAUUGCAUAAGAGAUUUGAAUGACAUGUUCCCGUUAUGUGCAUUGAAAGCUUAUCAGUUGAAAAAGAUCGUUAACACCCUUAACAACGAGCAGCUCGGAACAACAAACGCUAAUCGGAUAUAUUAUUUCGCCGAUCGCACCGGCUUAUCUCCGGGGGAGGUGACGGAACAGUUCGCUCGACGCACAUUCAUGUUUCGAGUGCCCAAAGAUAGCUUCCUCGAGAAUUUAAAUCUUUUCCUGGAGCACAUGAAUCGAGAAGAUAUUCUUGCUGAUCUGUGGGCAUUUAAGUAUUCACCCGGUAUUGUGGCAGAGCGCAUAGCCCGAGCGAAACAAGUGCGCGGCAAGAAACUGAUGCCUUGGAUGGUCCGCUGCCCAGAUGUCGUGUUAGAGAAGUCAUUGCAAUUGACCAAAGAAAGUGGGGCGCUGCUAGGUGAAAACGAAACGAUCGUUGAGUACUUUUGUAAACGGUUGAAUUUUGAUCGCGAGAUAGUCAACUCGAUAAUCAUUAAGGCACCGUCGGUGAGAAACGUGCGGAUCACGAAAGCGAAAAAAGUGAUCGACUAUUUGCUGGAUGAGCUAGACUACAAACCCCACGACAUUGCAGUAAACCCGCGCAUUUUGAUGCACAGCUUACAGACGACGAAAAAACGGAUGGCACAGUUAAAGGAAAUCGGCUGCCGGCCUAAGUCGUUAAUCAUCGUGUGUAAAAGCAAGAGGCAGUAUGAUAUGUUUGUUAAGGAUUGGUUGGAUUCUAAAGAACGCAAGAGUAAAAUUCAAUCAUUUGCUUAA